UGCUUCGGGUGCCGCGUCGUCGCCGAGCAGCCCGUGGAGAUGGACCUCACGGCCGCCAACGAGCGGCACCUCUGCCGCAUCAGGGUGUCGCGGGGGGACGACCCCGUGGGGGCGCUCGGGGAGUCUGACCACAGCUUUGGGUUCGGGGGCACGGGGAAGUUCUCCCACCACCGCAAGUUCGUCGACUACGGCGUCAGGUUCGGGGUCGGGGACACGGUCGUCUGCGCCGUAGACCUCGAUUCCAAGCCCAUGGCGUCGAUCGGGUUCGCGAGGAACGGCGAGUGGCUCGGUGUGGCCAAGCAUUUUGAUGCGGGUGAGAAGGGGCUUGGGUUGGUUCACGCUCCUGUGAGGCCGAUGGAAUGGGGAUCCGCGAUCAUUUCGCAUGUCCUGCUGAAGAAUGUCGUCAUCGAUAUGCAAUUCAGCAGGGAGGAUGGGUUGGAGCCGGUUGAUGGUUAUGAGCCCUGGGCCUCGGCUUGUGCCGAUGGGAAUGCGGUGUCUGGCCCUGUGUUUGAACAAAGUGAAUGUGAGGUCAUGAUGAUGGUUGGACUCCGGGCUUCAGGAAAGUCGACGUGGGCAGAGAAGUGGGUCAAGGAGCAUCCGGAGAAACGCUUUAUCCUUCUCGGAACUAACCUUGCUUUGGAGCAAAUGAAGGUGCCAGGAUUAUUGCAUAAGAAUUACUAUGGUGACCGUUUCGAUCGAUUGAUGGAUUGUGCUACAUGGAUUUUCAACACAUUGCUGAAAAGGGUGGCAAACAUCCCUCGCAGCUACAUCAUCGAUCAGACAAAUGUUUACAAAAAUGCUCGUAUUCGCAAGCUGAGGCCAUUUGCCAACUACCGUAAGAUUAGCUGCAAAAGAAUGUCACAUUUCGCACAUGGUGGUUGGAUUAGCGAAUCUUAG